UGUGGGAACGGACGGCGGGGCGACGCGGAAGUGGCGGACGGGCGCCGUUGGCCGCCUGGCGGGGCUUCCCACUCCCUCCUUCCCGGCGGCCGCCCAGCCUCGGGUUCUCCGCCGCCGCCGGCCCGCCACGACCCUCACCCGCCCGGCGGGAGCGGCAGCCGGCAUCGGGCGGGGCAGUCUGGGCAGCAGCUGCCCCGGCCUCGCCCGGCCCUGCCCGUCGAGCGCUGCGGUUUGCCCUUGAGGGGCUCCCGCAGCAGCGGCACGGCCGGGGCGUCCUUGGGCGGCGGCGCGCCGGAGCCCUCCCGGCAGUCCCGCGGCAUCCCUCGGUGCCGACUGAGAGGCGCCGCGGGUUGCCAGGCGUCGCCCGGCUUCUGCUCGGGGCGCGGAGCCUGCCACCGUCCGGCGAGGGGUCCCUGCGCCGCCGGCGGGCCUCAUCCCGGGCCGGGUCGAGGAGGCGGCGGUGGCCGAUGCGGCAGCCGCCCUUCCACCCCCCCGCCAGGCGCUGAGCGAGCCGCCCGGCCUGCCCCAUGGUGGGCUUCGGCAGCAACCGGCGGGGCGGCCGCCUCCCCUCCUUCCUCUUCGUGGCGCUGCUCUUGGUCAUCGCGGCGCUGGCCUUCAAUUCCUGGAGCUCGUCGUCCCGCCAGACGGUCCUGCAGGAGGAGGUGGCCGAGCUGCAGGGCCAGGCCAAGCGCGGCGACGUGGCUCGGGGCCGCCUGGAGAAGAGGAACUCGGAGCUGCUGCUGCAGGUGGAGGCGCACAAGAAGUCCCUGGAGCAGAGGGAGGCCGACCGCAGCCAGCUGAGCGGCCAGCUCCAGGCCAAGGAUGGCCAGGUCCGCAAGUGUGAGGACGGCAAG